UAGGCGUCGCGAUGCCCUCAGUGACGUGUGCUGCGCAAUACCUCCAUUGAUUCCAAACGCGUUACAAGUGUCCCACUCAUGUGAGACGACCCGAAAGGGUCCGAAUAAAACAUGAAGUGCGCUUUAAUUUUCGUGUUGGCUUUCGCCAUAGGGACCUACGGCUAUACCACAAAGGAGCAUUACUUUACAUCCGAUUUACUUCGUGAUGUGAUGAGUCGCAUGUCCAAGGAUUUCGAUAAUUCCUAUCUCGAUUUCCCCGAAGGAAGAUUACCGUUAGGUUCUCGUUCCCUCGCGAAGGAAUUGGAAGAAGAGGAACAGCUGUAUCCGUUGGAUUAUGAUACGCUCGAGCCGAACCUCCAUCCGAGUCUCAGAGAUCAAGAGUUUUUGCAACACAGCAGCCUGUGGGGCAACCAGUACGUGUCUGGUGGAGCAGGCGAAGGGAAACAGCGGUUGAAACCGGAAGGGACCUACAAGAAUCGUCAGGAGAUAAAAACUGAUGCAACUCUGCCAGCAUAUUGCAAUCCGCCCAAUCCAUGCCCAAUCGGUUACUCGGCGGAAAAUGGAUGUUUGGAGAAGUUUGAGAACACCGCUACGUUCAGCCGAAAAUACCAGGCUGCGCAGGAUUGCAUGUGUGAUAGCGAGCAUAUGUUCGAUUGUCCAAGUGGUGUAAUGCAGGAUACUAAUGACGCUUUAGAUGCAAUGGAUGCAUUGAACGAACUGGAAUUCAACAGAUUUCUUCAACAUUCCAUUCAGGUUGAUCCAAGUCUUCAGCACAAAAAUUUGGUUGCUAAAAAGUUUAACAACUUUAAGAAGAGUGAGCGUAUCAAUCCAUUUUUGACUGGUGAACGUUUACCAGUUGCCGCGAAGAAAGGUAACAAUGUUUACUACUAAAUAAUGGAUCGGUUUGGAAGACCUUCUGGUCUGGAUGACGACGACGACAAUUUUCGCUUCGGACAUGGACUACGACUAUUCACCAUAUAUAUCUCAAAUUCCUGUAGCGCGAUGUGGUGCACCCAGCUUUGUUAGGAUUCCAAUAUUAAUUGAUAGCGGCUUUAUGUGUGGAUUUAAAAAAAAAAAUAAUAAUAAUAUGACUCUAAAUAUGGACUCGAUAACUAAACAAUAUUGAAACAAAACCAAUGGAUAUGGCCCCAUACUUUUAAAAAAAGUAACAGCAUUUCUCUUAAGAGAAUCAGCCAAA